CCCGCGGGGGUCGCAACUUUUGGGUCUCAGGGGUAGGAGGGUGAUGAGGGCCUGAUUUGUGGAUCCUCAGGAAGAUGAGAGAAACAGGAGCUAGGACUUUGUCCCCAAGGGAAGCCAGUAGAGGACCUGUAUUCUCAGUUCUGGGGGCUUCUGGGUCUGAGAGAAGAGACUGGGGGCUCAGACUCCUGGGUAUUGAGAGGAGAGAGGUGGGAACCACACUGUGCCUCUGCUGGAGAUGGGAGUGGCAGGGAUCAGGCAGGAAUGUGGGGCAGGGACUCUCUCGUUGCUAUUUGUGUUACUAUUUCCGUUGCUAUGACUCACAGUCAUCCCUUGAUGCUCUCCCUUACUUGGCUUCUAAACUCUAUUUCCUUUUGUUUAUUUCCAACCCAGACAGAUGGCACCAGGCCAAGUGCCCCAUCAGCCUGCCCCCUGGAGGGAUACCUAUCCCUUUUUCCUCCUGUCCCCGCUGAUGGGCCUUCUCAGCAGGGCCUGGAGCCACCUGAACGGCCCAGGACCUCCAGAACCCUGGCUGUUGGAAGCAGUAACCGGAACUGAUCAGGGAGAAGCUGGCCUGGGGGGAGAAGCUAAGACAUUUCCGGCCACUUGGCAUGCCCCCUGGGGCAGGCACUUUCAAGGGGAGACUGGAGACAGUGGAGCAGCUGAGGAGGAUGAAGUGUCCUGGGAGGCCUGCCAUGAUCUAAAAGCCAACAGUUCUCCUCUUGAAGCCUGGGAGCUUUCAGGGGAUGAUGAAGAGUAUGGUGGGGAACAAGCAACCAGUGUCCCUAAAGAGCAGGGAAGUGAAUUUAUAGAUGGCCAGCCUGCUUCCUUGUCCCCCAGCCUUCUGAUAAGAGCCCUGCAAGAACCUCCUGGAGAGGAGAAAUCUGAGGAAGGAGGAGCUGCUGAAGAUGAAGUGGUCACGUUCUUCUCUUUUCCUCCAUCACGCUCACCAGGGGAGGAGGAGGAGGAGGCGGGAGAAGCUAUAAACAAAGAAGCUGCCAGAAGCCCUACUGCCCCUUUAUCUCCAGGAUCCAAGCCCAAAGCUUGGGUGUACUGUGCUGGGGAGGAAGAGGAUCAAGCCACAGAGGAAAAAAGAACAGAGAAUAAAGAAGUCAUAAAGAACUCCGUUUCCCCCUCAUUUUCAGGCUUUCACCCCAGGGCCUGGGAGUUUUGCUCAGGAGAGGAAUCUGAGGAGGAGGAAGAUGAAUUCAGUGAUUGGGGAGCAGCUGAGGAGGAGGGAGAAGCUGAGGGUCCCUCUUCCAUCCCCUCCACAAGUGCCCUCGUGAGGGCCUGGGUGUAUCGACCGGGAGAGGACACAGAGGAAGAAGAUGAAUUCAGUGAUUGGGGAGCAGCUGAGGAGGAGGGGGCCUGGGUGUAUCGACCGGGAGAGGACACAGAGGAAGAAGAUGAAUUCAGUGAUUCAGGAGCAGCUGAGGAGGAGGGAGAAGCUGAGGCCACAGAUACCUUUUUAAAGGCCUGGGUAUAUAGGCCAGGAGAGGACACAGAGCCGGAAGAGGAUUCAGAAGCAGCUAACUCUGAGCCAAGUCCCUCCCUUCAGGCUCAGAGCACCCUCCACCGGGGCUGGACAUACCGGCCUGGAGAGGACACAGAGGGAGGGGAAGUUGCUGAGGCGUGGGGAGAAGCUGAGCCCUGCCCCUUCCGAGUGGCCAUCUAUUUACCUGGGGAGAAGCCACCGCCUCCCUGGGUUCGUCCUCGGCUGCCCCUCCGACUGCAGAGGCGACUCAAGCCCACAGAAACCCCCACCCGGCAUCCAGACCCUGAGACUCCCCUAAAGGCCAGAAAGGUACACUUCUCUGAGAAGGUCUCUGUCCAUCUCCUGGCUGUCUGGGCAGGACCGGCCCAGGCCGCCCGCCGGGGACCCUGGGAGCAGCUGGCCCGGGAUCGCAGUCGCUUCGCCCGGCGGAUUGCCCAGGCCCAGGAGCAGCUGGGCCCCUGUCUCACCCCUGCUGCCCGGGCUAGGGCCUGGGCCCGCUGUGGGAACCCUACCCCUCCUCUGGCCGCCACACCUGCUCCUCCCCAGAUCUCACCAUUGUCCUCCAUCUAGGCCACACCCUUGAGCCAUGUUGGGGCAUCAUCUCCUCCACACUCCUGUGUCCCCGUCCCUUGCCUGGACCUCAGUGGGAGGCGUGGCUAA